AUGGGUUUGAGAGACUUUAGGUACGACGACGGAUUCAACUACCACAAGGAAACAGAUUACAAUGCUUUUUUAAGUAGGCAUUUCCCAAACGGUAUAGAUUUGUACUUGGACAAUGUUGAAGGGAAGAUGCUUGAAGCUGUACUAAACCACGUGAACAAGUACGCACACAUUCCUCUCUCCGAAAUGGUAUCUCAAUACAAUAAGGUGUGGACAGAAAGAGAAGGGGUGAGGAAUCUAUUGAACAUGGUGGAUAAGGAAGUGAGGAUGGAAGGUUUCAUGGUUCUAUCUCAUUUGCAUCGUUUCGGAGAGUUUACUACAGCAAUGGAAGGAUACAUGAAACAAGGCAAAGGUGAAGUCCAAGAAUAA